AUGUUAGCGAAAAUACUACAUAACUCUUUCCGCAUUUAUGCUUCCGGGUCUCAAUUAAACCGACAAGUCAUUGGCACUACUGUAUAUUUUUUUUCGUCUGAUGCAGGAUCAAACUUAUCUUCUAAGUUAAAGCAAGGGAACGGCGUAACGGGACAGGAAAUAGGGAUAAAAGAUCCUUCCUCAAAGGGGAAAAGUGGUUUGGAUAAAGUACCCUUAGCGAAGAAUUUGUCUGUUGACGUAACACUGAAAUCAGGUGCUGCAGCCAAAUUACCACUGGCAAAGGAGAUAUCAGCCGACGUCACAUUACAGACAGGAGAAUCAGCUAAGUCAUCGAUAACAGAAGGUGACCCAGCCAAAAUAUCUGUAGCGAAAAAAGCUUUGGAUGAUGUAACUUUGCAGACAGAAACCCCAGCUAAGUUGCCGGUAGCAAAGGCUGAUUCAACCAAUGUAACUUUAUCUGUAAGUGCUCCAGCUAAAAUUUCGACAGCAAGGGAAAAUUCUGGCGAUGUCGCUUUGCAGGAAGAUGACCCAGCUAAAUCAUCUGUAGCUGAGGAAACUUCGAAUAAUGUGACUUUGCAAAAAGAAGCCCCAGCUAAGUUAUCGGUAGGGAAAGAAGCUUUAGAAAAUAUGACUUCAGCAAGACAUGCUCCAGAGGACUCGUCAGGCACAGGAAGUUUAAAAGAAAGUUCUUCAAACGCUGUUAAAAUCAUCGGGGAGCCUUUGUAUACUGCUGUCAAAGAUGUCGCUAAAGAGCUGUACAAAGGUGACAGUGAGGGCAGGAAAAGGGCACAAAAGGAGCUGAUUGAAAAAUUAGCUGAAUACGAAAAAGAGACGUUUGAUACAGCAACUGCAAGUCAUACUAGUGAAAUGCUUUCAGACAAGGUUAUAGUCGAAAUUCUGGCUAAUGUCAGUGCUAUGAAGCCUAAGCCAGUUUCACGGGCGGCGGAGAUAAGACAUGCGCGUCGUGGCUUAGUCCAUCUGAGAAGAGAAAUUUUUUAUCAAGCUCAACAGACUGGUUAUUCUGCUGAAGAGGCUCGCAAAAUAGCUCAAAAUGCUGUAGACAUUGCUACAACUCGAGCCAUUGCUAGAAGCGAAAAAUUGUCAGCUGAACGGCGUGAGGAACUACAACGAGAAGAUGCGGAACUUGAAAAAAAAAAUGAGAAAGAAAAAAGGCUGUUUGCCUACGCUUCUCAAAUGAUUGAGAGGAUGCUUUUAUCUGGAACGGGGGAGCCAGAUGGGAAUUAUUUUUCUGCCGAUACAGUAGAACCCUACUACUUUGCUGACACUUUAUUCAAGGACGACGGUCCCGAUCUUGGAAUUUUUGAGAAGAAAAGUUUUUUGUUGCAUUUUCUUCCAUCUAGGAUAUGGAAUCAGUUGUUUGGUCCGAAGAAUGGAUUUGAGGAACUAAUCGAGUGGACAAAGAAGGGGAAGAUGUGGCCUUAUCCAAUAAAUAACGAGUAUCUUUUAGGGGGGGAAGAAAAUGUUAGCGUUGCGUUUCAUGAGCAUAUUUUCCUGGAUAAGGAGUUGGAGCACUAUAAAUUACCGAAGACGGGUCCAAUAGCCCAUUUUAUGGAACUUGUUUGUGUUGGCCUUUCAAAGAAUCCUUAUAUGACUGUAGGCAAGAAACGAGAUCAUCUGAAAUGGUUUGUUAAAUAUUUUGACAACAAAAGAUUUGCAUCUUCAGCCUUCUUUUUCUUUCUACCGUUCUUGAUUACUGUGAUAUUAAGGUUUGCCAACUUUUUUGACAACAAAAGGAUUGAAGAAAUUCGUCAGCUUGAAAAAGCAGAGCGGGAAUUAUAA